UGGACAUGUUCUGGGGCCGCGCGCGCCGCCGGCCCGCGCGCGCGUCCCGCUUCGCUUAAAUAGCGGCGGGGGAGGCCGCGCUCGGUCUCACUCGCCGCAGCCGGCCCGUGCUCUGUGUCGUCCCGCCGUUUGUCGUCCGCGUCCACUGCCGCCACUUCCACCGACCGCAAUGGAAGAGGAGAUCGCCGCGCUGGUCAUCGACAAUGGCUCUGGCAUGUGCAAGGCCGGCUUUGCUGGGGACGACGCCCCCCGAGCCGUGUUCCCGUCCAUCGUCGGGCGGCCCCGACACCAGGGCGUUAUGGUGGGCAUGGGCCAGAAGGACUCCUACGUGGGCGACGAGGCCCAGAGCAAGCGGGGCAUCCUGACCCUCAAGUACCCCAUCGAACACGGCAUUGUCACCAACUGGGACGACAUGGAGAAGAUCUGGCACCACACCUUCUACAACGAGCUGCGCGUGGCCCCCGAGGAGCACCCGGUGCUGCUCACUGAGGCCCCCUUGAACCCCAAAGCCAACCGUGAGAAGAUGACUCAGAUCAUGUUCGAGACCUUCAACACCCCAGCCAUGUACGUGGCCAUCCAGGCCGUGCUGUCUCUGUACGCUUCUGGCCGCACCACUGGUAUUGUCAUGGACUCUGGGGAUGGGGUCACCCACACUGUGCCCAUCUACGAGGGGUACGCCCUGCCCCACGCCAUCCUGCGUCUGGACCUGGCUGGCCGGGACCUGACGGACUACCUCAUGAAGAUCCUCACGGAGCGCGGCUACAGUUUCACCACCACCGCCGAGCGGGAAAUUGUGCGUGACAUCAAGGAGAAGCUCUGCUACGUGGCCCUGGAUUUUGAGCAGGAGAUGGCCACGGCCGCGUCCUCGUCCUCCCUGGAGAAGAGCUACGAGCUGCCCGACGGGCAGGUGAUCACCAUCGGCAACGAGCGGUUCCGCUGCCCCGAGGCGCUCUUCCAGCCUUCCUUCCUGGGUAUGGAGUCCUGUGGCAUCCACGAGACCACCUUCAACUCCAUCAUGAAGUGUGACGUUGACAUCCGGAAGGACCUCUACGCUAACACGGUGCUGUCUGGCGGGACCACCAUGUACCCUGGCAUCGCCGACAGGAUGCAGAAGGAGAUCACAGCGCUGGCGCCCAGCACGAUGAAGAUCAAGAUCAUCGCUCCCCCUGAGCGCAAGUACUCCGUGUGGAUCGGGGGCUCCAUCCUGGCGUCGCUGUCCACCUUCCAGCAGAUGUGGAUCAGCAAGCAGGAGUACGACGAGUCGGGCCCCUCCAUCGUCCACCGCAAAUGCUUCUAAACGGACUGCGGGCAGAUGCGUAGCGUCUGCUGCACGAGUGAAUCCCGAAGUCUAGGUCUGCCCUGGCAAGUGUGUGCGCCUCCUGCUGGCCUCGUGAAACUGGAAUAAGCCUUUGAAAAGAAAUCUGUCCUUGAAGCUUGUAUCUGAUGUCAGCACUGGAUUGUAGAACUUGUUGCUGAUCUUGACCUUGUAUCCAAGUUCACUGUUCCCUUGGUAUAUGUUUAAUACCCUGUACAUCUCUUUGAUUUAAAUCCUUAGUACGUGCGGCUCGGUCACUUCGUGGCUGAGGUUGAGAACAUGUCCGUGGAAGAGAAAUCCAUUGGUUUGAGAAUCUUCGAGACCAUGAUAUUCUCGAUCUGUGCAGGGUAUUAAUGUCUAAGAGCUGCCUAUUCCAGGAUUUCUCUAGAGGCUGGCAAGAGUCCUGAACCAGUUGUCAUUUCUGUCUUGCCGGUCUGACAGGGUUGGGAAGGUCCGAGCCUUGGGACCCACUUUCCUUUCUUACCCGAUGUUUUCCUGCCAGAACACCGUGGGUUGUUAAUUGCCUUGAGUUGGAAAACGGUUUGCAUUUACAACUGUAAAUUUAUUCAUCCUUUUAAUUUAUGUAAGGUUUUUGUACACAAUUCUCAAUUCUUGAAGAGAUGACAACAAAUUUUGGUUUUCUACUGUCAUGUGAGAACAUUAGGCCCCAGCAACGCGUCCUUGUGCGAGGAAAAUAAAGUGCUGCCGUGAA